AUGUCCUCCAUCGCUUCUCAUGUCAUGAUCCUCACGGCUGCUUCAUCACAGACCUCCUCCCCGGUGUAUAAAGGUGUGACGCUGUCGAGCGUCACGUCACUUUCCAUAAACCCUGAUCCAAUGGUGCAGUUCAACCUGAUGAAGCCGUCUCUGACGUCCACGUAUCUCCAUGCGUACGAGAAGUUUGCCCUUCAUAUACUCACGCCUACACAGUACAGCUGUGAGUUAGCAAGGCUGUUUGCACGCAACAGGCAUUAUGACGACUCACUUGGAGAGUACGUACCGUUUGAACCGUUUAAACAUCUCUCGACAGAGGAAUAUGAGAUAUAUGACAAGGCCACGGGCUGUUCCUUGCCCAUCUUGACCAAAGUUGAGAGAAUUAUGAUCUGUUCAAAGGUGAAGAGCCUACAGGUGCAAGAUCAUGAAGUGUGGAUAGCCAAAGUUGACGAGGUUCUGAACAAGACCGAUGAAAAGACCGGUGGACUGCUGAAUUUCAACAGAGAGUUCCACACAGUGGGCGAGGACUUGCACAAAUCUACCAAAGUUGACUAA